AUGAGCGACAGUGGUAAAGAAAGCAGUUUUCAACAGUACACGAAGAAAAUGCGGAUCGUCAAAAAAGCUUCUGCCCAACGCAGCUCGCUCUCAGAAUGGCUGUACGACUAUCUACCCAGUCUCACAGUCUUGUUGACUAAACGAAUCCAUCUUGACCCAAACGUCUGUCAGAGUAUCGAAGCAGAUGGCUAG